CUCCUAUAAAAUGCACUGUAUUAUUAUCAUUGCUCAGACGAAAUCUUCUGCUAACGGCUGACUAACGUUUUGCUGCGCGCGCUUACGGGAAGCAGACGAGUUAUUGUGCAAGCGGAGAACAAACAGCAGUUUGAGACCUUGGUUUAUGUGAGCAGGACUCUGUCACGUGCAAACAUGAGAGAAAUCGUUCAUAUACAGGCCGGGCAAUGCGGAAAUCAAAUAGGAUCAAAGUUCUGGGAGGUGAUAUCAGACGAGCAUGGCAUCGACCCCACCGGAAACUACAAUGGCGACGCGGACACGCAGUUGGAGAGGAUUAACGUCUACUUUAACGAAGCUUCCGGUAGCAAGUAUGUGCCUCGAGCCAUUCUGUUGGACCUUGAGCCGGGGACCAUGGAUUCGGUCAGAUCGGGACCAUUCGGGGCGCUAUUCAGGCCCGACAACUUCGUGUUCGGACAAUCCGGAGCGGGGAACAACUGGGCUAAAGGCCACUACACGGAAGGUGCUGAACUAGUCGACACAGUCCUUGAGGUCAUCCGGAAAGAGGCAGAAAACUGCGACUGCCUCCAAGGGUUUCAGUUGACGCACUCGCUAGGAGGAGGUACUGGAAGUGGCAUGGGGACGCUGCUGAUCAGCAAGAUCCGGGAGGAGUACCCGGACCGCAUCAUGACCACCUUUUCCGUGAUGCCAUCACCAAAGGUCUCGGACACGGUUGUCGAACCUUACAACGCGACACUGUCCAUCCAUCAACUCGUAGAAAACACAGAUGAAACUUUCUGCAUUGACAACGAGGCCCUGUAUGACAUCUGCUUCCGGACGCUCAAAUUGACCACGCCCACUUACGGCGACCUGAACCACUUAGUUUCUGCCACCAUGUCCGGCAUCACCACGUGCUUACGAUUCCCGGGGCAGCUGAACGCUGACCUCCGUAAGCUGGCUGUCAACAUGGUUCCCUUCCCGCGUCUCCAUUUCUUUGUGCCCGGUUUCGCGCCGCUAACAUCGCGCGGGAGCCAGCAGUACCGCGCAUUAACGGUUCCGGAGCUGACUCAGCAGAUGUUCGACGCAAAAAACAUGAUGGCGGCGUGCGAUCCGCGUCAUGGGCGAUACCUUACCGUCGCCGCCAUGUUUCGUGGCCGGAUGUCAAUGAAGGAGGUCGACGAACAAAUGCUGAACGUCCAGAGUAAGAACAGUGCGUAUUUCGUGGAAUGGAUUCCGAACAACGUUAAAACCGCCGUCUGCGACGUUCCACCACGUGGUCUUAAAAUGUCCGCUACGUUCGUUGGUAAUACGACGGCUAUUCAAGAAAUCUUUAAGCGCGUUUCCGAGCAGUUCACGGCCAUGUUCCGUCGCAAGGCUUUCCUUCACUGGUACACCGGCGAGGGUAUGGACGAGAUGGAGUUCACCGAGGCCGAGUCGAACAUGAACGACCUGGUGUCCGAGUACCAGCAGUACCAGGACGCAACUUGUGAGGAGGAGGAGGAGGAAGCCGCGGAGGGAGAGGAGGAAGAGGAGGCAUAACUGACUUCAAGUGUUAGUUUUUAUUUAUUGAUAAUCUUUGUGAUGUAUGUUUUGAGAAUAUCGUGAAUGUAUAGAACGAGGCUAUUGACCUUUUAUAUAUGUCUUUUAUAAUAUGCACUUUUAAUCGUCAAAUGGUUCGUGAUUUGCUUAAACUUUUAUAUGAUUUAUUUUGUUUAUUUAUAUUCAGAUUCAGAGUUAUUGAACUACUCAAUAUGUAUCACAUAUAGUGGUACUUGAUAUAACAACGCUCGCUGAAUGGUUUUAUUGUCUGAUCGAGACUAUAAUGUACUAAGUAUAAACAUUGACCAAAAUAAAACAUAAAACAAA